AUGGACACCAUCAAGAACGCCGGCAACUACGUCUCGGACAAGGUCCAGAGCGCCACCAGCGGUGCCUCCAAGGAGGCCAACAAGAACGUCGCCAAGGACAACAACGCGGGCGUCGGCACUCGUAUCCAGGCUGCCGUUGCACUCCUCCUCACCGCCCUCGCCGUCUCCCGCCGUGUGCUCGACCCGCACACAACCCCCACCCGCCUGCGCGUGCUCUUCAUCUGGCACGCCUUCGACGCCCUGAUCCACUUCCUUCUGGAGGGCAGCUUCGUCUAUCACUGUCUCUUCUCGUCGGCCCCGGUUUCUAAACUGGCCGGCGGGCAGUACUUGCCUGAUCCCGGGAAUUAUCUUAAUGCUGGUGUUGGAGGGGAAAGAGUGGUGCACGGCGCCCAGGCGGGCGGGGAGAAUCCCUUUGCGGUGUUGUGGAUGGUUUACGCGAGGGCGGAUUGGAGGUGGUCUGGUGUUGAUUUGACUGUGCUCAGCCUCGAGAUCUUGACGGUCGUCUUUGGGGGGUGCAUGGCGUGCUUGGUAUGCUAUGACAUUGCGCGCAAGAGCCCGCGCGCAAACCUGGGGAUGGUGAUACUGGCGACGGCGGAGCUUUAUGGCGGCUACAUGACUUUUAUGCCGGAGUGGCUAACUGGCAGUGUGAACCUCGACACGAGCAACUUCAUGUAUAAGUGGAUUUUCCUGGUCUUUUUCAACGGGCUGUGGGUUGUGGUGCCGCUGUAUGCGAUUUACGUGGCCGCGGACGACAUGUUUGAUGCGUUCAAGGUCAGGGCGACAGCAUUGGGGGAGAAGAAGGCGAGAUGA